CUUCUCGUAUGCGACACGAAAGCCAUAAAAUCUCGCCCUCUUCACGCUAUUCGGCCUGAUGGAACUGUGUGACCCGUUUCGCGUCGUACAAUAUUGUGCUUUGUUUCGCUUGUAGUGCGUAUCAUCCCUGUCUAUUAUAUUUACUAUCAUAAUAACACAAAUGGUAUCGUUUGUAUCAAUUUUGAUCAAGUGCAAUGCAUCAUAGAGAAGUGUGAAGCAGAUGUCUCAAAUUUCUUGAAUCGCACAGAACUUGGGUAAUAAAUGCAAUUACAGUGAACUCCCACAUCACUCUAGAUAACUGAAGGGAAGAGAAGUAAUGCGUUGAUUUUCUACAUUUGUCCCUCAUUCAAAAAUAAAACAAUAUCCGAGAAUAUUAAUCGUGUUUUUAACGGCGAUCAUUGUUAAUUAAGUGAGCUCAUUUGCACCAAAGUAAGGAUACUAUUAGUUCCUGCUACAGGUACUGCAAAGAAACCUUGCGUAACAGGCGUAUUUAACUGAUACCACUGGCGUUUAUCGGUUAAGAGCCUAUAUACGCUCUUAAAGAAUCUAGAGCCAUAACCAGGCCCCGUUCCCAAGUCGGCGCCUGAGAAACCUGCAGCCAGCCGACGAGGGUUCCUUCCUGACGACGGGAACAGCGUCGGAUUUACGCAAAGGAAGCCUUAUACUCUUCUCAUCAUGGGCCACGACGUGCGGCACCGCCUCACUCAGUUCCUGGUGUUUCACGGGCCCUUCAUUCGCCUGGGUCUCCGCCUGGCGCUGCUCUCCGGCUGCGUGAUGGCCUUUCUCGCGGUGGCUGCGCGGAUCGUCACAUCCGGGGGCAAGGGCGUCCCGUGGAACCCCUUCGCGCGACAUUCUCGGACUGUGAAGGACUGGAGCCAAAUGUCGUACGACUGCAAGCGAGGCUGGGUAGACGACCCUGUCACCUUCAGUCAGGACCCCAACUACCCGAGGAUUCGUGACUGGGUGAACGACCACAUCUACUUCAAUUUCUUUGACGGGACAACGGUGUAUGACAACCAGGACUCCACGAAGGGAACUGUUGCUCGCGGACCUCACAAGGAUGAGGUGUCCAUGUUCUCUCGGGUCCAAGAAAGGGCGGUGCGGUUCCUCGAUGGGAAGUACCCAGACAGGUAUUCUGCAGGAGAUUGUGCCUUCAUUAGGUACCGCACUCUACCCACGACGGGCAUCGAAGUAGACGUGACAUGCAGAGACAACCGCACGGGCGACAUCGACAGGGUGUCGAUGUUGGCGCCCCUGGAGUCGCCGCGGGUCCUCUACCAUCACCCGGUGGCGGGCAAUAGACCCAUCAACAUCAUCAUGCCACUCAAGGGCCGGCCUGACAACCUCCAGAUCUUCAUGCAGAACCUGGCCAGCAUCCUAUCGAAGGACAACCGCCUCUCCGUCGGCCUCACGGUCGUCUACUUCAGAGACGACGACCAGCAGGAGUGUCAACGCAUCCUUCAAAAAGCCGAGAAAUCAUUCCCGAAUCUCAAGACAGAGUUCAUCCUCCAGGAGGGACCGUUCUCGCGAGGGCGCGGGCUCCAGGUGGGCGUGGAAAAGACGACGCUGAGGGCGGAAGUUGUCUUCUUCUGUGACGUCGAUGUUCUCUUCACGAAGGAGUUCCUGAUGAGGUGUCAGUCGACGCCCGUGGAAGGAUACCAGGUGUUCUUCCCCAUGGUGUUCUCGCUGUACAACCCCGAGUUCAUAUACCCUCUGCAUAAACACCGAAUUCCGCCGCCUCUUCACCAGCUGGAGGUCAAGGAUAACAAUGGCUACUGGCGUGUGUGGGGUCACGGUAUGGUCUGCAUCUACAAGUCGGACUUCUUCAAGAUUGGCGGCUUCGACAUGGCCAAGUCGGGCUGGGGCGGCGAGGACAUCGACCUCGUUAAAAAGACCGUCCGGGCGGGAAAGCACAAGGUCAUAAGGUCGCUGGAGCCCGGCCUCUUCCACCGCUACCACAGCAAAGAGUGCGACGACGCGCGGCUGUUCUUCUCCUGCAUCAAGGCCAAGGCGCUCAACGAAGCCUCCAAGCUGUCCUUUGGGCUGUGGUACUUCAAGCAAAAGCACAACGUGUCCGUAUACGGUUUCCUGGCGGAGGGGAACGAGCCGCACGACCACGACGACUACGACGCCGCUAGGACCGAAGUGGCGCCUUUGACCGCCCGUGAACUUGUAAGAGACAAAAUCAGGAACGAGUUCGGAGGACUUGUGGAGAUGCUGCUGUUGCUCGUCCUCCUGUCCAUAGUGUUGGUGGACAUGUUCUUCAUGUACAAUAACUACAAGCUGGAGAGAAAAAAUACCUGAGUCCACGCCAAGUGGACUUCCUCGCCCGUUACACCUGUUCGUUGUAGAAAGUGGAACGGGGGUCGCGUGGCACCCACUGCCGAUUCCUAGUACUUAGACAUAACAAAUAGAAAUGUUCGGUGA